AUGAUUGAUCAGGAGAGCAACAUUAUCAUCCAUGGACUUCAUAUUCACGAUUGCCGACCCCAGGCUCCAAGCUUGGUCAUGAAUCCGGAUGGGAAGGUGGUUCCACUGGGUCAGGUUGAUGGGGACGCCAUCAGGUUAGUGAGUGCAUCAAAGGUCUGGAUUGACCACAACACUCUCUACCAGUGCCAGGACGGUCUUCUCGAUGUCACUCGGGGUACGACAGACAUCACAAUCUCGAACAAUUGGUUCCGAGACCAAGACAAGGUCAUGCUUCUCGGCCAUGAUGACGGCUACGUUCUAGACAAGAACAUGAAGGUCACAGUCAUUUACAACCAUUUUGGUCCUAACUGCAACCAAAGAAUGCCAAGGCUUAGACAUGGAUAUGCACAUGUGGUGAACAACAUGUACAAUGGAUGGGGUCAGUAUGCAAUUGGGGGGAGCAUGAGUCCUAGAGUCAAGAGUGAAGCCAAUCUCUUCAUUGCCCCCAAAUCAGGGAACAAAGAGGUGACAUCGAGAAUGGAUACUAUUGGGAACAAGCAGUCAUGGAAGUUCUACUCUGUGAGGGAUGUUUUUGAAAAUGGGGCUUCUUUC